AUGUUGAUCCGCAAAGGGGCAACGGCCCUGGCUAUCGCAGCUGCCCUCGCGACUCCCGUCCUUAGCGAAGAACAACCCAGAGCAGCCAGCGUCCAGUCGACCUUUGUAUCCCCCGAUAAAUCGCUCUCAUUCGCUUUUUCCGUCCCCGAAGACGAGGACAAUGACUUUUAUUUCACAUUACGCGUCCACCGCGACUUCUCCUGGGGCGCUAUCGGCCUAGGCACUGAUGAUAUGCCAGGUGCACUGAUUUUCAUGAUCUACGACAACCGAAACGGCGAAAGCGUCACCUUCUCCCCUCGCCUCGCCAAUGGCCACUACGAACCACAAUACUUUCCUUUACUCGAGGUGGAUGAACUACCAGGCACCGGUAUCAUCUCUGAAAAAUACAUGGUGUAUCAGGGUCGGUGCAGGAAAAACUGCCGGACAUGGCCGCUGCGAGGCAACACGUUUGGGUCCAUCGAUGUCAAUUCUACGACGCAAAAGGCCAUCUGGGCCUUGGGUAUGAUGGAGGAUUUCGCCAGCGACAAGCCCUGGGAGGGUAUUAAGUACCACCAACAAUAUGGAACCUUUACAAUCGACAUGGCGAGAACGCACGGCGCAACGGAACCCCCAACUCUGGAUGGGAAUUCUCGAAAUGAGGGCACAACGCUAGACAUCGAACAUGUAAACAAAUCGGAUGUUCAGUCAACCAUGCAUGCUGUGUUUAUGAUUCUUGCAAUUGUCGGAUUGAUGCCUCUCGCAGUGGUGCUAUUAAGACUUGGAGGAGCUGUUAGGUGGCAUGCCCUAAUCCAAGCUGUCUCUCUGGUUUUCGUCCUGGCCGGGUUGGCCAUGGGUGUCAUGACCAGUUUUCGAUACGAAAGAUCCCAAAAAUUCAAUUCAUAUCACCAGAUUCUUGGCUUCCUACUCACAACAUUCUUCCUCUGCCAAUACGCGAUCGGCUUUUUCAAUCACCGACAAUAUCGGCAGACUGGCAUUAUGUCCAAAUACAACGCUGUCCAUGUUUGGUUUGGCAGAGUAGUUAUCCUGAUCGCCAUCAUGAACGCUUUCUUCGGCUUUACGUUCGCUCUGAAUCGCAGAUAUGGUAUGGUCCUCGCCGGGCUUAUCAUUAUGGUCUGUGUUGCCAGUCUUAUCGUGAUCAUUGGUCGUCAAUGGCUCGAUAAAAGACGAGGCAUCGCUCCACAGCGCCCAUAUCCCAGCCCACGUUCUCCCUAUAAUGAUUCCCCCCCAACACCAAACCAGCGUGGUUCAACCCGGGCACAGUGGCCAUCUGGGAUGGACUAUUUCCCAUCCGAACCUCCUCCACGGUAUGAGUCCACGCUGGAGGAUGACUCUGCCUCACAACGGCAAACCAUAGGACUGCGCCCACUAUCUUCGUGGAGAAAUUCUCGGCCGGGUGACCCUCGACGAAACGAACCAAAUUCUAGUCCUGGAAUUGGUGGUACACAGUCCCCCCGGGAGUUGCUGUAA